AUGGUGGCUGUCUUCUACAAAGACAUGUUGAGCUGGUACUUACUCACCCUCAAGAUCCGCGAAAAACUCGAAGCCGAAAACCAAGGAUCCGAACCUGUCAACCAAGAUCAAAACCUUCUCCCUUUACAAGUCACCAGAUCCGAUCAAGACCAAAACAUUCAUAACCACGAGCAGACUCUGUCCGAAACCGGUAAGAUCGAGGUAACCAAAGAGAGCCCAAAAGAGACACGAGAUGAUUGGGUGAUCUCAAUCACUGACAAACUCGAGCAAGCAGAUAGAGAUGACGACACGACCAUCUGGGGAAAGCUCUGUAUCUACAGAGUUCCAUAUUACUUGCAAGAAAACGACAACCAAUCGUAUUUUCCUCAAACCGUGUCUCUUGGUCCGUACCACCAUGGCAAGAAACGGCUCCGGUCCAUGGACCGUCACAAAUGGCGCGCGGUCAAUAGAAUCUUGAAACGUACGAACCAAAGCAUUAAAAUAUAUAUUGACGCAAUGAGAGAGCUCGAGGAGAAGGCUCGAGCUUGCUAUGAAGGUCCUUUGGGUUUGAGCAGUAACGAGUUCGUGGAAAUGCUUGUUCUUGAUGGUUGUUUUGUGCUUGAGCUCUUCAGAGGAGCCGUUGAAGGAUUCACGGAACUCGGAUAUGCACGCAAUGAUCCGGUUUUCGCGAUGAGAGGAUCGAUGCAUUCAAUUCAACGUGAUAUGAUAAUGCUGGAAAAUCAGCUCCCUUUGUUCAUUCUAAACCGGUUACUAGAGCUACAGCUUGGUACGAAGAACCAAACCGGUUUAGUGGCGCAAUUAGCAGUUCGGUUCUUUGAUCCACUAAUGCCAACAGACGAGCCAAUGACCAAAACCGACCAGUCAAAACUCGAGAACUAUCUGGCAGGAGAUAAAGCCUUUGACCCAUUCGCCGACAUGGGCGAGUUGCACUGUCUUGAUGUUUUCCGUCGAAGUCUGCUCCGGUCUAGUCCUAAACCAGAGCCGAGGUUAUCAAGAAGGAGAUGGUCUAGGAACACACGUGUGGCGGACAAGCGCCGACAACAGCUGAUACAUUGCGUGACGGAACUGAAAGAGGCCGGUAUCAAGUUCAGGAGAAGAAAAACCGACCGGUUUUGGGAUAUUCAAUUCAAUAACGGUUAUCUAGAGAUACCAAGGCUACUUAUUCAUGAUGGUACCAAAUCUCUUUUCUUGAACCUUAUAGCUUUUGAGCAGUGCCAUAUUGACUCGAGCAAUGACAUAACAUCCUACAUAAUCUUCAUGGACAAUCUAAUAGAUUCUCAUGAAGAUGUGAGCUACUUGCACUACUGCGGUAUUAUCGAACAUUGGCUAGGGAGCGAUGCUGAGGUUGCGAAUUUGUUCAACAGGUUAUGUGAAGAAGUUGUUUUUGAUACAGAAGAUAGUUAUCUAUCUCGGUUAUCAGCUGAGAUUAACCGUUAUUACAAUCAGAAGUGGAAUGCUUGGAGAGCUGCCUUGAAACACAAGUACUUCAACAAUCCAUGGGCAGUUGUGUCUUUCUGUGCUGCAGUUAUUCUACUAGUGCUCACAUUGUGUCAGAGUUUUUAUGCUGUUUAUGCUUAUUAUAAGCCACCUUCUUAGCAUUCAUUACUUUUGUAGCUCACUUUUUUUUAUUCAAAAUGAAUAUAUGUGUGUGUUAUAAUUAUAUGUAUGUAUUAUCUUUAUUUCAAGGUAUGAACGUUGAUAUUGUAACACUCGGGUUUCUAAAAUCAUUGGAUGCGGUCUAUUUGUUACA